AUGCGGGAGGCGAAGCUGGAACCCAACGUCAUCAGCUACAGCGCUGGGAUCAGCGCGUGCGAGAAGGGUGAUCAGUGGCAGCGGGCGCUGGCGUUGUUGAGCGAGAUGCGGGACGCGAAGCUGGAGCCCAACGCUAUCUUCAGCUACAACGCUGGGAUGAGCGCGUGCGAGAAGGGCGAGCAGUGGCAGCGAGCGCUGGCGCUACUGGGCGGGAUGCGGGAAGUGAAGCUGGAGCCCAACGUCUCAGCUACAAUGCUGGGAUCAGCGCGUGCGAGAAGGGCGAGCAGUGGCAGCGGGCGCUGGCGUUGCUGA